AUGAAGGCCUUUCGAUACAGCACCCCUGCAGCAGGCCUGCAACUCCAACAAGUCCCGGUGCCGGAACCCGGUCCUGGGCAGGCCCUUGUUGCAGUCAAGGCUGCUGGACUGUGCCAUUCCGACUGCCACAUCCUAAAGGGACAGGGUGAAGCGUGGCUCGCCAAAAAGCCCAUUACCCUCGGCCACGAGGUUGCCGGCAUCGUCGUCAAGGUCGGGCCUGGACAUUCUCCCUCACCAGUCCGGACAGGUGACCGCGUGGCCAUCGGGUACUAUUUCGAACGCUCUCAGCAGGGCGGUCCCGACAGUCCGCCCGGACUGGGCUACGAUGGCGGUUUUGCCGAGUAUGUCGUCGCUAACGUCACGAGCCUCAUCAAGAUUCCCGAAGGAGUCUCGUUCGAGCAGGCAGCCGUGGCCAUGGACUCGGUCGCCACCGGAUACCAUGCCGUCGUGCAAGCCAACGCCACGCGAGAUUCGACCAUCGCCAUCGUCGGUCUCGGUGGCCUCGGUACAAAUGGACUUGCUACGGCGCUGGCAAAAGGUGCCAAGGUUUACGCCGUGGAUACCAACAACGAAAAGAUUGAGGAAGCAAAACGAGCCGGUGCCGUCGACGGCGCCGUCAGUCUCUCUGCUUUCAAACACGUCACGUUCGACGCCAUUGUUGAUUUUGUCGGCGGUUCCGUCACCGCAGAUGCUGUCUCCAUCGUCAAACCAGGAGGCAUCGUCGUCCUUGUCGGGCUCGGGGCCGACACCAUCAAUGUGCCUGCGCAUUUGUUGGUCACACGAUACGUUACCCUAAAGGGAUCCAUGGGCGCCACCUUUCAAGAGUUGAAGGAUGUUCUUGACCUCAUUGCUGCUGGUGUCUUCAAUCUGCACUUGGAGGAAAUCGAUUUCGACGACAUACCCAAAGGGUAUGAGCGUCUUGAAAAGAAUGCAGUUCCUGGACGUCUCUUCACGCGUCCUACACAAAGCGUUGAACUGUAA